AUGGAGUCUGUCAGCCAUCUUCCCGCAAUUUUAGCCUCCAUUAUUGGAGUAUUGUCUCUCCACUUCAUCUAUAACCGUCUCUCUAGUCCUCUCGCGCGGAUUCCAGGUCCGGCCAUCUCUAAAUGGACUGAUCUUGUUUACAUAUAUUAUUGGUUCGCCGGGAAGGCCCCAAACUAUGUUCAUAGGCUGCAUGAGACUUAUGGUCCAAUCGUUCGAACUGGCCCUAAUAGAGUCGACAUCAGCAGUGUCGAUGCCGUGAAAGAGAUACAUAAGACUAACUCACGCUUCCUCAAAUCCCCUUGGUAUCGCACACUCGUACCAAACAACAUGGAAAGCGUCUUCUCGACCACCGAUCCGAAUUUCCAUUCUACCCGCCGUCGCCUACUGGCAUCACCAAUCUCCGACACCUCACUGCAUCAGCAUGAAGAGUUAAUUACAGGCCGGGUAAAAAUGGCAAUCUGCAGAAUGGUAGAAGAAAUACAGACCCGUGGUGCCACCGACAUAUUUAAGUGGUGGCUGUUCAUGGCCACCGACAUUAUUGGUGAACUUAGCUUUGGGGAAUCUUUUCGGAUGCUAGAGGCUGGCAAGAAAUCUCAAUACAUCUUAGAUCUGGAAGGAGUUUCAGCCCUCCAACCGAUUCGAACAACCUUCCCCAACCUGGUCCUCUUCGGCAAAUAUCUGCCUUUGCCAGCCUUUAAGCGCGCCGCAGCAAUCGGGAAGCGAAUGGGCAUAUAUGCAACCCAGUCCAUCGAGCGAUACAAGAAGAUACUCGCAGAGAAUCCCUCCAACCCGAAGCAGACACUUUUUACCAAGCUAUUCGACACCCAGAAAGGUGGCCUUGCUGAUGACGAAAUCAAGAAAGAGGCUCAGGCGUACAUCGUUGCAGGAAGUGAUACCACUGCCGUUACUUUGACCUACCUUACCGACGCUGUCUGUGGAAACAGACGGAUUCGAGACAAGCUGGUCGCUGAGGUGACAGCAUUGUCUGAGCCGAUCCAUGACAAUGACCUUCGGAAUCUGCCGUAUCUAAACAUGGUUAUCAGCGAGACCCUGCGUAUUUACACGGCUGUUCCUUUUGGUCUCCCUCGUUCUGUGCCUUCAGAAGGAGCUAGUUUCAACGGAUACUUCCUUCCGGGUGGAACGACGGUGUCGACCCAGUCUUAUAGUCUACAUAGGGAUGCUACAAUCUUCCCCGACCCAUACACGUUCAACCCCGAGAGAUGGGAGAACCCGACCAAGGAAAUGAAGGAUAUCUCCAUUCCAUUUGGUGGUGGAUCGCGCAUCUGUAUCGGAUUGCACUUGGCCCGUAUGGAACUUCGCUUGGGAUCAGUCCUCUUUUUCCGAGAAUUCCCCAAUGCCCAACGAUCCGACAAAGAGGAAAUGAGCGCAAAGGAUAUGGAAAUGCAAUCCUUCUUCCUGAUGGCACCAAAGGGGCAUCGCUGUCUAAUUGAAACGGAGUGA